AUGCUGCUCUCGCUUUGGCUUCUUGCUUCGCCUGUGCUGGCUAUCUGGCCUCAGCCGUCAUCCAUAAGUACUGGAGAGUCAACGCUCUGGAUUAAGUCCGGGCUAUCAGUCAGUUAUAAUGGAAAGAAUGGGGGUGUGGGACGUGCCAUGGACAACAUCAUACAUAAGAACUUUGUGCCCUGGAUGUUGUACAACCGCAUGGAGCUUGAGGCCUCUGAACCCAGCCUUUUCAAGCCCAAAACUUACAUCACUCAUCUCGAUAUCACCCAGACUGGUAAAGAUACCUCCAAGACAUUCAAGCCUUUAGCCGGCGAGGUUGACGAGUCAUACACCUUGAAUGUGGACAAGCGUGGAAAAGCUUCCAUCACUGCUGUAUCCUCGACAGGUGUUCUCCGAGCAUUGGAGACGUUUUCUCAGCUGUUCUACCAACACUCGAAAGGUCAAUUCUUCUACACCACAUCUGCUCCUGUUAAAAUCACCGACAAGCCUGAAUACGAUCACCGUGGUAUUUUGUUCGAUGUCUCUCGAAGCUUUUUCCCCCUGGAGUCCAUCAUGCGCACCAUUGAUGCUAUGGCUUACAACAAGAUGAAUCGUAUCCACAUCCACAUAACCGACUCCCAGUCCUGGCCGUUGGAAAUUCCCGCAAUGCCAGAACUCCACGAGAAAGGCGCCUACGCUCGAGGCAAGACUUAUAGCCCAAGUGACCUAGCUAAAAUCCAGCAGUACGCAGUCAAUCGUGGUAUCCAACCUAUCAUCGAGAUUGACACUCCCGGUCACUUUGGAAUUGUUGCCCUCUCACACCCGGAUAUUGUUGCCGGCUGGGACUCAACACCCUGGACCUCAUACUGCGCUGAGCCGCCUUGCGGUCAAAUUCGCCUCAAUGAGCCCAAGGUUGACCCCUUCCUGGAUAAAUUGAUGGAUGAUCUCCUACCACGACUCUCCCCGUACAGUGCUUAUUUCCACACUGGCGGAGACGAGGUCAACUUCAACAUGUACACUCUCGACCCCACCGUUGGCACCAACGAUUCCGCCGUGAUUGUGCCGCUUCUGCAGAAAUUCAUUGACAAGCACCAUGCCCGUGUACGAAAGGCUGGUCUCGUGCCUUUCGUGUGGGAGGAGAUUCCUGUGGACUACAACGUCACGAUUGGCAAGGACGUGGUCGUCCAGUCCUGGCUCGGCGACGAGGCUAUUGCAUCGCUCACGGCCGAUGGUCACAAGGUUAUUACUAGCAACCAUGAUUAUUGGUACCUCGACUGCGGCCGUGGUCAGUGGCUGAACUUUGCUGGUGCUGAUCUCGAAACCUACUACCCUUUCGCCGACUGGUGUUCCCCUUACAAGAACUGGCGCCUGAUCUACUCUUACGACCCCCGCGCUAACCUGACGGCCGAGCAGGCCAAGCUUGUGCUCGGUGGCGAGCUCGCGGCUUGGAGCGAGUCGAUUGAUGACGCCACCAUCGACGAUAUCCUGUGGCCACGCUCCAGCGCCGCAGGUGAGGUUCUAUGGUCAUCACCUGAGGGCCGCGCACAGAUCGAGGCUGCCCCUCGUCUGGCUACGUUCCGAGAGUACAUGAUCGCGAGAGGCAUCAAGUCUGCCACUGUUCACAUGCCCUACUCUCCUUUUGAUAUGGCUUUGGUCGAGCAAUUACUGGAGCGUGCUUCGGCACGAUCCGUUAUCUUCUUUCUGACCGUGGCAUUCACGCUAUGGAUAAUUUACUUGAAGAUUGAUCAGUCGAUACGACUCCGAAGACUGGGGGCCCGGGCCCCGAGGGUUGUUAGCCGAUGGCCGUUUGGUCUGGACAUCGUGAUGAAGCAGGUGGAAGCCACGAAGAAGCAUAAGAGCUUGGAAACUUUUCGGGAAAUAGUGAGCCCGUCUACGAACUUCACCGCGGAGACCCAGCUACUGGGACGUCGCAUACUUUUCACAGCAGAUCCUGAGAACAUCAAGGCAAUCUUGGCCACGCAGUUCUCGGAUUAUGGCAAGGGAGAACCCUUCCACCGCGAAUGGGAGGAGUUCCUUGGUGAUAGCAUCUUCGUUACGGAUGGGCCGUCCUGGCACGCGAGCCGACAGUUACUCCGUCCUCAGUUCUCGAGGGAGCGCAUCAGCCAUUUACACACGUUCGAAUCUCACCUAGAGACCCUGUUCAAAGCGAUCGCGAAUGGUGGCGCUUUGAAUGGUCCUUAUCAGGAUGUCGACUUCGAGGCCGGAAAUGGCAAGCCACUGGAGAUUAGUGAGUUAUUCUUCAGAUAUAGCUUGGAUGUAUCGACAAGCUUUCUACUCGGCAAAGACGUGCAAUCGCUCACAAACCCUCGUGAACCAUUCGCUGAGGCCUUUAAUGAAGUGCAACGGAUCCAGAGCCUCAGAGCGCGCGCGGGUCCGUUGCAAUUCCUGGUGCCCCGCACGUCAUUCCGUCGUGGCCUAAAAGUAGUCGAUGAACUCUGUGACAUCUACAUCGAUGAGGCGCUAAAACUCAGUCAAGAGGAGCUGGCAACUAAGACCAAGUCGGAUCACGACUACACGUUCCUGCAUGAGCUUGCACAGUUCACCCGUGAUCGUAAAGUGCUACGUGACCAGCUAGUAGCCGUGCUCCUGGCUGGGCGUGAUACAACGGCGGCGACGCUUUCAUGGGCAAUAUAUGAGCUUGCACGUCAUCCGGAUGCUGUGCGAAAGUUGCGUAAUGAAAUCAUCGAGACACUCGGCCUCACGCGCACGCCGACAUACGAAGAUCUGAAGAGUAUGAAGUACCUCCAGUACGUGGUCAACGAGAUACUGAGGCUGUACCCCGUUGUGCCGUUCAACGUGCGUCUGGCGCUGAAGGACACGACGCUGCCUCGCGGCGGUGGAGCUGAUGGCACCCAGCCAGUCGCUGUGCUCAAGGACACGCCGAUUGGGUACUCGACGCUCGUGAUGCAGCGACGUCCGGACCUCUACCCAGCGGUCUCGGAAAAGUUUCCCGACCCAUCGGAAUUCUGUCCAGACCGCUGGUUCUGGUGGCAACCUCACCCCUGGCAGUACAUCCCGUUCAACGGGGGCCCGCGUAUCUGCAUCGGGCAGCAGUUUGCGCUGACCGAGAUCACGUACGUGCUCACGCGCAUGUUCCAGCGCUUCGAGCGCGUUGAGAGCUUCAUGUUCGAGAUUGAUGGCGGGAAACCCACGCUUAAAUCUGAUAUCGUUAGUCAGCCGGGGGAUGGUGUCAAGGUUGCAUUUUGGGAGGCAAAGAAACCCUGA